CUUUUCGGCAACCAACAAGACCUAGUGUAACCAAGAACAUUUUUUAGGUUAAAGUUUGCAGUAGAAGCGGACUAAAAAUGGAAGUGAAAAAACAAAUAAAAUACUGGUAUAUGCGCUAUUUGAUUGUAACUGAGCUGUUCAUGGUGGAGACUUGGGAACAGCACUUGUUCCAUUGUAUGUUACUUCUAUUUUGCUUGUUUACUGGCAUCUUUAACCACAUCGUUGUGCUUAAAGCAGUCGAAUUAGUCCGGAAUUGUUGUAUGAGUUUUAUGAGUACACACCCAGACCAGUACCAACCAAGUAAUUAGUAAUGGACUAUCAAGCAAGAUUUAUGCGAUGUUUAAAAGAUACCUACUCUAAAUAUAUAAUUUAGUUUAUGAGUCAAGUUUAUGUUGGGUCCAAAUUCCCAUGAAUGAAUGAGUAAAACCCACCCAUUUAUACAUAAACAGAAAUGGGUUAACAUAGGCAAUCAACCUUACCCUCAAAUCCUCAACACAACGUCAAACUUCUAGGUUAUUUUUCUCAAAAAUCAGCCAAACAAUGCCCAUCUUACAAGUGGCGGAGUUUAACAAAAUAUGCAGACUGUGUCUCAAGGAAGACGAUAGCCUGACGAAUGUAUUCCUCUCUGAAGCUUUGGGCCCAAUUUCAAAAAUCACUUCAAUAGUGCUCGAAAUGGGCGACUUUUUACCGGAAAACGUUUGCUUAAACUGCUUAGACAAGGCAAUGGAAUUUCACAAUUUCAAACUCAUCUGCGAGGCCAAUGACUGUGCCCUUAAAACCGCGCUGGCCCUUAGCAAGGAAAAUAAAAAGACCAUUCUUGAAGUAACUGAGCAAACGCUCCUCGCAGAUAAUAAGGAAACAUUCCACACAAACCAAUUGUUUACACAAGCGAAACCAGCUAGGAAGGGCAAGUUAGAGAUUGUGUGCAAUUACAAAACUCUGAUCCCUUUGGGAAUUUACAACAGCCAACAAACCCAUGAAAAUGCAGCCAACGCCAAAAUGCUCGAAGUUGGGGAUUCAGAAGAGUCACCCGUUGAGGCUGAAGAGAUCACUGAACAGGCACCUUUAGAAGUCAUCACAAGAGAAUGGUGCGACCAUUGCCAAUGUAAUCUGGACACCAGCCUAGAGGCGCACUUAAAAGACUAUCACCCCCAGGAUGGUUCAAAUUACUGCCAUCUAUGCCCCAAAGGAUCCAGCUCGGUUUACGCUACGACAAAGCAAUUAAAGGCCCAUUUGAAAUAUCACCUUCAAGUCCCUAAACUGCAAUGCGAGGAAUGCGGCAAAUGGUUCAAGUACCGACAACAAAAGCUGGUUCACAUGAGAAUACACACUGGGGAAAGGCCGGCAGUUUGUCACGUUUGUAGCAAAUCCUUCAGAGAUUCGCGAUAUUUGGCGGUUCACUUAAAAUCGCACACAGGAGAGCGCCCAUAUAAAUGCUCAAUUUGCCUAAAGGGGUUUGGCCACAAGUUCAACUUGAAACUACACCUAAAAACCCAUACAAUGGAGCGCGAUCACAUGUGCAGUAUGUGCGGCAAGACGUUCAUCUACGCCCAUAACUUGAAGAUCCACAUGCGACAGCAUACGGGAGAAAAGCCCUACUCUUGUCGCCAGUGUUUCACGUCGUUUGUUUCCGCGUCCGUUCUGAACGCCCACAUGCUGACACAUUCAGACCAUAAAAGGUUCGAAUGCAAGGUUUGUGGCAAAAGGUUCAAAAGAACCAGCUAUUUAACGAUUCACAUGAGGAGCCACACUGGGGAAAAGCCCUAUGCUUGCACGUUAUGCGGAAAAACAUACAAAAUGAGCUCGCACUUGACUGAGCAUGUGAAAACCCAUACAGAUCGCGAUUAUUCCAUGUUGCAGGAGAGAAAAACUACAUAUGUGACAUUUGCUCAAAGCCCUUUUACAACAACAAAGCGCUCCAAGUGCACAAAGACUCACACGCAGGAAAGAAAACCUAUAGCUGUACAGACUGUGAUAAAUCCUUUGUGCAUCACACUUCACUAUAUGCGCACAAAAGAAAGCAGCACAAAGACCUUAAAAACUAAGCAAUUUUAAAGGGAGUUUGCAGAAGGACUGGAUGUGUGCAGGACGAGUCAAUGGGCUGCAUAUAUUAACACUUUUUAUUUAAAGCAACAUAUUAUUAAAUAAAACAUUUUCAACUCCAA